CUCUGCGGCCCCCGUCGGAGUUGCAGGAAGGGGUGGAUUGUGUGUAUGUACCACUGCGCGGCGGCCUCUGUAGUUCAGAGAUGGCGGAAUAUACCUGCGUGAAAUCCACCAAGCUAGUUCUCAAGGGGGCGAAGGAGAAAAGUAAGAAAAAACACAGAGAUAAGAAAAGAAAAAGAGAAGAAAAUGCAGAAGAUCAGCUUGAUAUUGUUGGAAGCUGGUGGGCAGUAAAAAAUUUUGGUGAAAUCACAGGAACUGUGGCAAUAGAACUGGACAAGGGAGCUUAUAUCCACGCUCUUGACAAUGGCCUUUUUACGCUUGGAGCACCACAUAAAGAGGACGAUGGCCCUAGUCCUCCUGAACAGUUUACAGCAGUAAAGUUGUCUGACACCAGAAUUGCACUGAAGUCUGGCUAUGGCAAAUACCUUGGCAUAAAUUCAGAUGGUCUUGUUAUUGGACGAUCAGAUGCAAUAGGAUCAAGAGAGCAAUGGGAACCUGUCUUCCAAGAUGGGAAAAUGGCUUUAUUAGCAGCAAAUAGCUGCUUUAUCACCUGUAAUGAAGAGGGAGAUAUAGAAGCCAAAAGUAAAACUGCAGGAGAAGAAGAAAUGAUAAAGAUCCGUACUUGUGCUGAAAGAGAAGCUAAGCAGAAAGAUGACAUUCCAGAAGAAGACAAAGGAAAUGUUAAACAAUGUGAAAUCAACUAUGUAAAGAAGUUCCAAAGUUUCCAAGAUCGUAAACUCAAAAUAAGCCAAGAAGACAGUAAAGCUCUCAAAAAAGCUAGAAAAGAAGGCACUUUCCAUGAGAUGCUGCUGGACAGGCGAGCAAAAUUGAAAGCCGAUAGAUACUGCAAGUGACAAAAACAAUUGGUUUGUUUGCUUGCUUUUAUAUCGUUUGGUUGUCCACCUGAACAUACUAUCUGAAUAAGACAUUUUGCAAAAGUGACUUUAUUUAUGGAAAGACUUUUUUGUUCCUACUUCUCAUUAGAAUUACUUUACACAGUAUUGAAAUUUGGCAUGCAGAAUUUGAUCCAAAACUAAAUAGCUUUAGCAAAUUGAAUUGUCGAAGGUUCAGAGAAGCAACUCAGUAAUCUGAAGGUCAUGAUUAACAAUAAAGAAGAGAAGAGCUGAAUACAAAACCAAACUACAAAGUUGCCCUGACAAAUUGUAUUUUCAUUGAAUAAAUAAAUAUUUUAUCAA